GCCAGCAUUUUCCCAUUCCGUCUACAGUCCAAGUGCGGUAACAUGGGCGGGUGGUUUUCCAAGAAGAAGAAGGACGACGACGACGAUGAUGAUGAUGUUGAGGAAGAGGAGGAGAAAGAGUACACGAAGAUCGACACGGGGGACUCGACGGCCGUAAAGUACCUCCUGGACGAUAAGGUCGGCGAGUACUUUCGAGAAGAACAAACGAGCACCGUGACAAUCAACUACACUGUGGACAACCUGAAACUGCUGCUCAUGGCGUUUGCCAUCACCGUGUCGGCCGGAACACACUUCAGCGGCGUCCCAUUUCCAGACAGCCGCUACAUCAUCAUUGCGUGCGCGACCAUUUUCUUCAUUUGCAACGGGCUCUUGACAAGCUACAUUUGGUGGAUCGAGAAGGACAUCAUUCUGCGCUUUAGCCUCAAGGACGGCGACAAGUGCGUGGUGCGCGCUAAAUUCCCUCGCUUCCAGGAAUACUACACACUCCGCAUCGAAUCCGUCGCGCAGCCAAAGCACGUCGAGGAGAAGCUGUACGUGGGCAAAUUCUUCGACGAGGAAGGCCAUUUCGACGAAGGCACUUUCAAGAAAGCGGUGGGCGCGCUCACGACCAAGUUUACCAAGGUUAAAACUACAUGAGAAACAAACGCUAGACUUUGUCAUGGAUGCGUCGCAUGCUGCACACGGUACUCUCCUGGAAGCCAAAUCCAUCGAGGUCCGAAGGCGGCGAUUCCAUGUCAUCACGGCAGUAUCGAGCGAGAUGAUUGAUCAUGUAUCCCAACCACAUUAUUGGUUUCAAAUCUCAUUAUUCUAUCC